CCCUCUUCGCUCCUCACUCGCCCACGCUCAGACUCCAGAAUCCCUUCGACUUCAUUCAGGAUGAGGCCCCCGAGAGGUAGAGGAGGAAGAGGUGAUGGAGGACGAGGGCGUGGUGAUGGCGGUGGAAGAGGAAGAGGGAGGUUUGGCGCGAGCGAUAGGGGAGGAAGAGGCGGGGUAAGAGGCGGGGGAAGAGGUGGCGGAAGGGGUGGUGGAAGGGGACGUGGGAGAGGUGGUGGUGGAAUGAAGGGUGGGAGCAGGGUGGUCGUCGAGCCGCAUAGACAUCAAGGAGUGUUUGUGGCAAAGGGGAAGGAAGACGCUCUCGUCACUAAGAAUCUGGUUCCCGGAGAAUCUGUCUACGGCGAGAAAAGAAUUUCUGUUCAGAAUGAAGAUGGUACGAAGGUGGAGUACCGAGUCUGGAAUCCAUUCCGGUCGAAGCUUGCGGCAGCUAUUCUUGGUGGUGUGGACAAUAUUUGGAUGGGACCUGGAUCUCGUGUUCUUUACCUAGGAGCUGCUUCAGGGACCACGGUGUCUCACGUCUCCGACCUUGUUGGCCCGACCGGCGUGGUUUAUGCUGUCGAAUUUUCACAUAGAAGUGGAAGGGACCUGGUGACCAUGGCUGCAAAGAGGCCCAAUGUCGUGCCUAUCAUUGAGGAUGCCAGGCAUCCGGCGAAGUAUCGCAUGUUGGUUGGAAUGGUUGAUGUCAUAUUUUCUGAUGUUGCACAGCCCGAUCAGGCACGUAUUUUAGGCUUGAAUGCGUCAUACUUUUUGAAAAAUGGUGGUCAUUUCGUGAUAUCUAUCAAGGCAAAUUGCAUUGACUCUACUGUGCCAGCUGAGGCUGUUUUUGCACAAGAGGUGAAAAAGCUGCAGGCCGAUCAGUUCAAGCCGGCUGAGCAGGUUACGCUGGAGCCUUUUGAGCGGGACCAUGCCUGUGUUGUUGGUGCCUACAGGGUGCCCAAGAAACAGAAAUCCGCAGCUGCCGCAUAACCUUCCAAACUACACUCGGAUGUUUCUUCUCUUUUAUAGUUUUAGGAAAAUUUUUUUUGUCAGCAAUUUGAAAUUCUGUACUCUGCUAAAUGCGGGGCUGCAACACUUUGGUGUAACUGCUGUGAUUAUGAACGUCAUAUUUAAAGUUGCACGUUUUGGAGGAUAUAA